AUGAAUUCUUCGUACUUGCAGUUCAUUGAUUUCGGACAGAAUAAUUUGACUGGAAAAUUGCCAUCAUGGACAGGGCAGUACUUGCACAAUUUGGUUGGCUUACGUUUGCAAGCAAAUAGGCUUCACAGAAGCAUUCCUACAAAUUUGUGUAAUUUGUCACAUCUUCAAAUCUUAGAUCUCUCAAAAAAUUACAUAACAGGAAAUAUACCUCAUUGCUUUGGUAAUUUGAAUGCUAUGUCAAAUAUGACAUCCAUAAGCCAAGGAAUUUCUUAUGAUAUUCUUGGAAGCUUUACUACAUCAUCCUUUACGGACAAAGCAACAUUGGCAUGGAAAGGAGAAUAUGUUGAGUACAGUAAGAAUCUUCGAUUCAUGAAAACCAUUGAUCUCUCUUGCAAUCACUUAACAGGAGAAAUCCCAAAUAGCAUAGCUGCACUUGUGGCAUUGGCUUCCCUAAACUUGUCUAGAAAUCAUUUGAAAGGAUCCAUUCCCAUUGAGAUGGGUCAAAUGGAAAAGUUGGAAUCACUUGAUUUGUCAUACAACUCUCUUUCUGGUGAAAUUCCUAUAAGCUUCUCAAGUUUGAGUUUUCUUAGUAUAUUGAACUUGGCCUUCAACAAUUCAUCAGGAAAAAUUCCAACUGGCACCCAACUUCAAUCCUUCAAUGCCUCCAGUUAUACAGGAAACCAGGGGCUUUGUGGCCCCCCACUUACAGAGAGAUGUCCAGGAGAUGGGAGUUCAGAUCUGAAUCCCAACGCUCAUGACAUUGAUACAGAUGGAGAUGAUAAUCUCAUAAGCUUUGCGUUUUAUGUGAGCAUGGCUUUUGGUUUCAUUACUGGGUUUUGGGGAGUUUGUGAGACUUUAAUUCUUAAAAAGUCUUGGCGGCAUUCCUUUUUUCACUUCUUUGAAAACAUGUACAACUGGAUUUAUGUUCAAGUUGCUAUUUUGAAGGCAAAGAUAGAGAGAAGAUUCCACAAAGACUAA